AUGGAGACAGGGAUAAACGACUCGUCGUUUGUGGUCAUAACCGGCCCGCCACAAAAGGACAAACACAAAAGAAUCAGCCAAGUGCGCUCCGUGAUUCGAAAGUCUCAGCUCCGACGUGAUGGGCAUCUACAACCUCGUAAAGAGUUGCAAGUGUCCAGAGCGAGGGCUCAGAUACUGAAUAAGAGAAAAUUGCUGGAUGCCCCGGAACGACAGCUAGCGACAUUAAAGUUGGAUCUCUCAUGGUUAUCAGUCUCGGAGGCUGUUGGUAACAGGUUGAAAUAUUUCUUCCACCAAUACAUCGAAUCAAGUGCCCACUUACACCCCUUCUUCCACUCCCAGAUUCCCUUAACCAUCCUCCAUGCACCGCUCAUGAGCACCAAACUCGUGCAUGCGACGGCAUGGGACGACCUCAGUGGUCCCAAUCCCGAAAUUAGUAAUUUGACUUUACUUCAGCGAGAUAUCGCCGAUAAUAUGCUUCUGGACUCGAUACUAGAAGCUACUGGUCCGACCACCGAUGCCGAGAGUAGCCAUGUGGCGCUGAUUGCAUUGUUGAGUAUGUUAUCAUUUGAGAUGAUUAAUGGUGACCGAAUAGCAUAUAAGCGGCAUAAAACGAAUAUUAAUCGAUUACUCGAUAUGCGAGGUGGAUUAGACGGGUUGGAAGAAUCUUUCAGAAUCACUUUAUUAGCUAUCUAUCAACUUGAAUCAGUGAUCAAAGGAUUCGCCGACUCAACGACUCCUUCCUACUUGAGAUAUACCACAGAAAACGGCUCGCAGAUAAUAUCCCAACCAUCAGAUUUCAAACUCAUGACUUUUCAUCGAGGCCAAACACGACUCUGGGAAGGACAAAAUGAGAUCUCGCAGCGACGACAAUUAAUCCGAAUACAAUGGCAGUUCCUCUGCGACAACCUCAUUGCCCUAGCCUCAAUCCCAUUCCGCGUCGAUACGGGUCCACCAAUCGAUCAGAUCUUACUUUACGCUAUUCUACUAUUCGUCACUUCUUCUCUCCCAACAUAUCAUCCGGUAAUAGAAGGAUACAUAAACAAAUUACAACCCCUUCUUCAAAAAUCGAACGUCCUAGAAUUAUAUCACGGCCCGUUACCGGGAGCAUUGAUUUGGUGUCUUAUCAUUGGCGCAAGGAAGAGUCAUUUCCCUCAGGAGUCUGGUGUUGGCGGUAUACAGAAAUGGUUCUUUAUGCAACUUAUGCGGAUAGCGUGUCCCGCGGCGCUGGAUAACCCGCUCGAUGUGGCGAGGAAUAUUGAUUUGAUAUUGGCUGGGAUGGAGGGUGUUGAAUACCUCGCGACGGGUCCUUAUGAUUCUAGUUAGUGAUACAAGACCUAUGCACACGAUAUUGGUGUCGGAGAACAUAUGCAUACACAAAACGGUCGCAUCAAUGCAUCCACUAUGAAUCAACCAAGCACGUUGAUCUCAAACAUGUCACGCGAGACAACUGCCCUUGUUUCAGAUACGUGGCUCAAAUCUGUUUAUGCAAGGGGCUUAACCCUACGUAUACGAAGUUUUGGCCUCGAGAUCGUUACAUUCCUCGGCGAACAUCAUGUCCCAUUAACUAUCCACCCCUGAUACAAAACUACGUACCAAGACGCUACCUGUCUAUAU